AUGGAAUCAUGGCGGGAACGAGGGUUUGUACCGGACUCGGACGAGGAGGAUGGUUUCGACAGCCAGAACUCGCUAAAGACGAACGAUAACGCCGACGCUGGUACUGGUAUCGCCCGGGAUGUGGAGCGUUCUUCGGUCUCUGCGAACACCUCCGACGAUGACGAUGAGCUGGGCUCGGAUACUCCGACGCAACAACGCAUAGAUCGCCGGUCAGGUUCGAGUGUCAGGACGCCGACUGCAGCUGCGCGUGGAGAGUGGAAGGAAUCACAAUUGGAGAGCUCUUCGCAACAGGAAGGUCUCGCAAGGACAGCGGACUUCUCUCAGACCUUGUCGGACGCUCACGAGCCCAGCCCGCCCUCGACUCCCCAGCCAAAAUCUCAGCGGGAUACUUGGGAUACCCUGUCUUCCUCGCCGGAUGAAUUACAACUCGACUUCCUUCCGUCACGCCGACGCAACGUCCUCCCCGAGCGAAUGCAAAAUGAGAGCCAACUGCCGGAACAAACUGAGGACAAGAAUGAACCGAACAAUGAGAUAUCGCCGCUGUCAUCACCGCUGUCGUCUAUACACUCGCUGAGCUUUGAUGAAACGGAGAAUGGCGCUCAAGAGAAUGGCGCCCAAGGGCAAGCUGGGAACCCGCCCCAGGACAACUUCGAGGACGUCCUGGCUCCUCUGAACCUUCCGGAAGAUGUCCUUCGAGAACUGUCCCAACCAACGCGACGGUCAUUACGGCAGCGGAAUCCUAUCCAACUACACCCGUAUCUCCUCGAAGAUGCCAAAUAUCGUCGGCUUAUGAAACAAGGAGGGAUACGGCCCAUACGCAUUGCUCAGUAUCAAGAAGCGCUCCGAGCGGCCGCACAGGCAAGUGAGAACAGGGAAUAUGGCGAGGACGCUGACCCGCCGCAAAGUAGCCCUGGGGUGAAUCCCAGCUCACCACCGUCGUCUCCUGUGGCGGCUCGCCGCGUUUCCGUUGAGAGAUCAGGCAAUACCACUCUCCGGCGACCAACUCUGCGAGCAUCUGACCUGCUCAAUCGUUCGCCGGGUGGCUCCAGACAUCGACCCCACAAGAGGCGCAAGGUAGGCCGGCCGGCAGACGAUGAACAAUACGAACAAUUACGCCGAAUGGUCAUUCCACAGGUAGUCAUCGAUACGUCUCCAUCCUCCACGCGGAUAGACAGCGAUUCGAUAUUUGAUAAUCCGCAGAGCCCACCCCGGUCUGGGAGCGCUUCAUCGCCACAGACUACAAACUAUAAGGAGUUCCGGUUUCCACGUGGAUUUUCGCCUCCUUCGCGGAAUAGCCCACGCAUAAGCUUGACUGCGGAGAGGAGAGAUGAGGGUCACCACGAGCCAGAUACGGACCUUAUGGACUGGAGCGGGCCGAUGCUUGAUCAGGAUCCCGGAGACGUCCAAUCCGUACAUUCCCAAAGUCAGCCGGACUCUGACGGGGAGCAAGACAACGAAGAUGACGAACAAGAAGAAGAGCAAAGCAGUGACGAAAAUGCUGUCCGCGAGCUUCGACGUCGGAUCAAAGGUGUCCUCCCAGCCUCAUGGCUGCGCUUGGACCAACAAAAACGAACUGAAGAUAGGUUUUCCUCUACACAACGAAAUCGAGACUCGCGACAGGAGAAUGCCAAGGGAGUUGCGCGGAAAAUAACAAAAAGAGGCUCUACGAGGCCCUCGAGCGCGAAAGGUCACCUAACAUCAUUGAGAGAGCUCGCAGACCAUGAGAGUAGCGAUGGAAGCGAUAAAGAUAUCGACGUCGACUCUCGUCAGGAACUCGCUAGACUGGUUGGGUUCGAUGACCCUUUCAUGGACCAAGAUAUGGGUGACGAUGUCCUCGAGGAUAACCGGAUUGAUUACAUGUUUCCUUCGAACCCUCGGGGUCGAUCUGUAUCUGGAACCAAAAAGUCGAGCACAAAACGGCCAAGUCAAAGCAAGGCUGGUUCUCGUUUCACUGAUAUCAAUAAGCGGCCUCGCCUCAAGAGACAGGCUAGACUAACGGACCCAAUAUAUGGUGCUCGAAAGGAGUCUCGGACAUCGCGGGCUCCACCCAUGAUUGGCAUCCUAGAUGCACCAGAUGUAGCGUCCAGGCCGCGAAACGAGCAGCCGCAGUUCCUGAGAGUUGCUGCGCGCAACGCGCGGUCCCGUCGUGACAGAGGAAGACGAAGCCCUUCUCGCAAGGUUUUCCAACUCAGCUCAAGGGUGGAUACGGAAGACGCCAAUGUGUCAUUGCGUCAAUGGCGCAAGGGCAAAUUGCGACAGACAAGGCUCUCGGGAUACCAAACGAAGCCCCACGAGAGGCAGCCCCUAGCGGACCUGUCUUCUAACCCGAAAGAGACGCUCGGUAGCCUUGUGGCCAAGGAGAUCAGCAAAACGUCUAGAACGCGGGAUAGAUCUACGAAUCAUCCUCAAGUAGAUCGUGGUGCGGAUGCCCUGCCACGACUGGAAGCUCCUGCCCCAGAUCCAGCAUCGCGAAAUGGUGACACUGAACCUAAGCCUACUGAACCUUACAGGCAAGGUCAUAAUUGGAUUGUGCGGAGAAAUGUGGCCAUAUCCUCAUUAAAGAGAAAUGCUCCCAGACCAGCGAUCUCUGAUCUCGUGGGCAGCACUAUUGGAUCAGCAGGUUUCCAAGCGCCCCUAUCAACGCUGAAUCGCGGCCGUCAACCCAGAAGAUUACCGAAAGGCCGGGAUCUUAAUUUGCUUCUGGAUCGUUUCCUUGGCUCUUCUCCAGCCGAUGCGGACAAGCCCCGGCGAAUGACUGAGGCCCCAGUGCCAACCCAAUCCGAUGAUAUGCUUCCCACUGCGCGUCUUCAAAUACGACGGCCCCAAGUUCGCAAGCGUCCACCCAGGAGGAUCGACCUGAAUGCACCCGAAAGACAAGAGACGCUGGCUCCUUUAGUCUUGGAAGACGAGCCAUUCAGCUUGGUGGAUGAAGGGACCCCACCGUUUAGCCGUCAAGGAGGAUUAAGUGGCUACCGCCGGUCGUAUACCAUAGACUUCAACAUAACCCCCCUGCAGUCUGGGACGUUCUUCCACGAGUCCACGUUCAUUGGAAGUGGAGAAUUUCCUCGCUCUCUUGCGCUCGGAAAACGGGACCUUGACCGUCCAGCCAGCGUCUUUCAUCUUCAUGCAGGAACCCUGAGCUUUCGUUGGGGGCCGUGGAACGACACUGUUUCCUCGGAACUUGGUACCGCUUUCGAUAUAAUUUUGGAAGAAAUCGAAAGCAGUCAUACUUCUGCCGAACAACCGGAGGACCGCCUCAGCCAUGCUUGCACUCUAUAUAGGUUACUGGUGAAGUAUUUCACAGAUGGCCUUACCUUCAUCGACCCUAUCGAUAGGGCAGGCUUUAUUCGAAGAGCCCACGGCCUCGUCUCCCGAUUGAACGAUAGCCUAGCAACGCUGGGAGAGACAAACAAGGCUGGUUGGCUUGCAAGGAUUUCGGCAUAUAACCUCUUGUUUGCGAAUCAAGCAUAUAGAAUUGCCUGUCACGAUGUUGUCACCGAAGGCGUUAGGGUCGAAGCAGUAAAGGUUGUGAAAAACGCUGCUAGACAAGUCGCCGCGCUUAUUUCAACUUCCGCAGGCCAAGCUGACAUACGCAAAUUCCUCGAAGAGAAUAAGUCAGACGAGAAACGAGAAGCGGGAGUACGCGAGGACCAUCCGUGUGUUGAUGCCUAUGUUAUUGCCUACCAUGUUCUCCAUGGUGCCGACGGCCUCAAAGGCUCAUUCGAGGAGGUUCUUGCUGAAGCAUGUUCGCUGUCAGAUGCGCCAGAGAAAGUACGUUCGACAGAUGUCAAUUGGAUGGAAGAUAGGUGGUAUCUGAUUUUUAUAAUGCUGCCUUUGAGUGAGAUUGAUGCUGCUGGUAUUGCACGUAUUGGGUCCCGGUUCAGGAAUACUCCAGAUAAUUGGACAAUACCUGAGCGUCUGGUCCGGCCAGUGCUGGAUAGUUACGACCCCAAGUCGGAGACACCCAUUUCGUACAACAAUUACUGUCGAACAUUGUUCCACAGGUGUCUUCAUCUGAUCAAUGCCUGGGGCUGGCGUGACUGCAAGCGAAUCCUUGACACGCUUUACGAUUUCUUUGCGAAAAACACCUUGUACAACUUGGAACACGAGGAAAGCUAUGGAUCUCCAUCCUUCCUUGAUGAUCUCGACCGGGCUCCGUCGUUUGACAUCAAGUUAGGUGAGCCCUGUUUCCAUGUUCUGUUGAAGAUCAUCGCAAGCGGUCUCCGGUUUUUGGCCCAGAGAUAUGACAAAAAGAAGAUUCGGAAUUUUGCCUGGCGCCUGCUGCCCAAUCACGGACGAGUUUAUCCCAAAGAGAAGCCUCUUCAGCAGACGGAUUUGGCCGCCCUGAGAAACCAUCAUGACCUCCUCUGCACUUUGUAUUUUGCGGUGCCUGAUGGAUGUCGCCCUCGCUUAGAGGCGAUAAAGAACCUCGUUGACCCGGCCAGUUCCCAUCGUGAGACCUGCAAUAUCAGUCUCCGGUCAUGGGCUAGACUCGUCCGGUUCAAGCUGUCGACGAAUGAAGACGUCUCAGGGCUCGAGCAAUUCGCGGACUGGCAUUCAUAUUUUGUCACCGAGCUGUUAAAGCAACAUGGUCUUGCUCGGAGAGAGACUGAGGCCCAAAACACUGGGGGAAACAAAUUUUCGCAUCAACUGAUUGAACGCACAAUCGCAGAAAACCAACGUCACAUCGAGUCCUUACUGAAAACUGCCCUCAAUGGUCUGAAGAGCGCCAUCAACGCGGCACCGACGGCAGAACAUGCCGAAAAGCUCGCCCGCAAAGCGCCUCUCAAUGCCGUCUUGGGACUUUUCAACCCCCGAGUGUCUCGUGUGAAUACUACUGUAUCCGAGGCGCUCCAGGUAAUUGUUGCUUAUCUGCAAAAGUGCAAUCCUGUCCCUCCCGUGGGGGCCGCGAAUCCGUCUGCAGAAGACGACAGCCAGGACUACGGCGAUUGGACUGCUAUCGAAGCCUUCUAUGAGGGUGAAACAACAUCAGCCUUGCCUCAAGGGAUCGAGCUCGUGGAGAAGACUUUUCAUCCUGAGGUGUCUCGUCUUUUGUCAAACUGUUUUGGAGAGGACGAUUGCCCGGAAGAUGCCAUCCUUCUGAGCGUUGUGGAUUGCUGGACCUCCAUUGCACAGACUCUUGUUAAGUACGGAUUGCGACAUUGGGAUAGCUAUCUGAGCCGCUACGAUAGCGAUUCUUGGGCUGCACUCCGGUCUACCAUCCAGACCAGGAAAUACACACCGAAAUUCCUAGCGAGUUGCAUUGAAAAAGACAACAGCUUCGUCGCAGAGUGUAAGAUCCACGUUUAUAGCCUCUGGAUGUCGUGCUUGGUGGAGCGAUCCUCGAUGCUCAAAUUUCAGCAUAGUCUCACUGAGGCUCUGCUGAAUGGCGACAAUGACCACCCUAUGCUACAGAACCUGCCAUUCUAUCGUGACGGUACAGACGGACGCUAUUCGGUGACCCUCGAGGAACUCAGCCAGCGUAGGUUGUCCUUGAUAUCGAGUCUGCUGUCCAAUAUGCGCACACAUGUGCUCCGACUCGAGGAGGCAGGUAGCCGCGACCUAUCCACUGCCAGACAAGAGUACCGAGAGCUAGUUCAAGAGAUGAUGUCGUCCAUGAAGUCAAAUUAUCAGGAACUGGGCACUGGUACUAAAGUGGCCCAAGGCGACUAUGUGGAAUUUGUCCAUCGUGUUGUGGGAUUCUUGCAGCAAUACACCCGGGAUAUCUGUCCCGUCGAUCAAUUCUUCACUGACCCGAGCUCCUUCCCUCUUCCACUGGACGACCCGACCUACAUCGUUGCACGAGUGAAGAGCUACGAGCCCAAGUUGUCGUCCGGAAAGUCCGCAAAGGCACUAAUCGUCUUCAUCCAAUCUGCCUCUGAACGAGCUGCUAUUGAUCGCCGGCAGACCUAUUUCGUCGAGCAACUGCACUCCUCCAUGGAAGAGGCAUAUGAGUCUGGGGAUCCUAGCAGACCUACUUUGAGAGCCUUCCUGUUUCAAUCUGCCUUCCCGGCUUAUCUUGAGGCUGCGCUCAGCAGUUCCACUGGAUGGAUCCUCAGUCGGCCAAUCAUCCAAACCAUCAUGCUUACUUUCGAGGAACUGCUCUUCAACAUCGACACUACAGACCCUCGCUGCGUUUCAUCCCUGGUUGAUAUUUUCAGCUCUGUAUUCCGCGCGUCGUACCAAUCGCUGAUGACCAUCAUCGACAACACCAACCGGCUCAAAGAACCUCCCAUCAUCCUGACCAUUUCCUCCAUGGUCGAGAUGAUCACAGCCGCGUUGCGCGUUGUCGACUAUAUAGACCGAGCCACAAACGCAGGAGAAACUCUUAUCACCCAAGUGCGGGUAUUCCGCCAAAUCAUCCUCUUCAUUACUUCCCACAUCCACGACUGUCCACUAUCUGACUCCUCUACUGAAGAUUUCACGAAGUUCGCCGAGGUCUUCACUCACGAUCCUCCCACGCAUUCCAAAACCGCCGCCUUCUUCCUGGAGAUUGGCCAAUCCGCCACUCGCGAGCUCCAGGCGUACAUCAGCGAAAGCUGGUCCCGGCACCAGGGGCGAUACUACUUUACGAGACGUGGCUGUCACCAGCCACAGGAAGUACAGAUUGAGCCCGCCAUCGCGGCGCGGCUUGCAACCUGCCCGACGGCUGCAUUUGAUGACGCCGCAGGUUUUUUCUUUGAGACGCUGGAAGCUCUUGAUUUGUUUGGUACUUAUGAUUGA